GCAUGGCAUAGUUUUGAAUUUUAGAGUUUCUUUGCCACUUUCGUUUAAAAUCUACUAAAGUUAACUAUUUCCUCGAAAUAUUUUGACCGAUUAUGAUUUCUGAUCCUGGUGCAUAAAACCGGAGGCGAACAGUUUCCGCAAGUUAAUUGUCAUUGUUACUAUGUUUCCACUGCACUCCAGUUGACCAGUAUACCACAUGCAUGCCUUGAGUCGAAUGCAGAAACUUUAAACUGACCAAACCACACACUGUGACCUCGGUUUUGAUGCCGUAAAAAAUCUGACGUGUUUUCCUUAGCUCAGCACAGUACACACAAUUUGCAUAUCUGCAUAUACUACACAUGCUCUAAAAUAUAAGAAAUCUUGGUUAAAUAUUUGUUUUGUGAAAAUCUCUUAUAUUUUAUGACAAAGAUGGUACUCCUCCAUACGAAAAUGUUUGACGUUACGUCAAAUAAAAAGGUUGUCAAAUAAAAAAGUUGGGAGGGAGUAUGUCAUUUGAUUUCUAGGUGAGUGUAGGACGCACCAGUUCAUUGUUACUGAAAUAACAGCGUUAAUACUUUCUAUCUUUGCUAAAUAUAUGGAUAAAUCAUAAAAGACGUUAAUGUUUACAAGCACCCAAUGUGCCUCUCAAUUUGUCUUCUCGCUUCUCGAGAGAGCAUUGAUUCUUGGUCUCUUGGAUCAUGCUCCAGUAUUUUUGUAAGAUCCAUACGUACAUGUGGCAUUUGAUUCGUAUUAAUUUACCUAGUAUUUUUCACGGUACAUACCCACUUGGGUAAUCUUAAACGGAAAAAAUAGAAGAACCUAAGACAUAGCAGAUUGCUUCCUUACUACAGUUCCUAGUCUCCACUGAUGAUGAGAUUAGUCAACAGGUGCAAACUUUUGCACUAACAAGCCACGUUAUUUUAAGUAGAAACCAAAGCGCUAGAGCUGCAUACAUGCCUUUGUAGCUUGUUAUGCAUGGCCGUCAUGGGCCAGUGUUCUACGAGGAGCUGCAUUUCUCUCUCACUAGCUUGUGCAAGCUAGGUCAUGAACAGCACGAACAAGCCCAUGGCUGCCUCUCAUUCAGGCAGCAAGCUCCUCAAAGCUGUGCUUUUCCUGCUCAUCUUCUCGUUAGGAUUCAUCAUGGGCAUGGUCUCCAUGGCCAACUUCCCUAAAUUCUACGACUCGCCUUUAUUGUCACCAAUGCUGUUCUCCUCCCUUGCGCCAUCAUCAACGCCGACGGCGCCAGCACCGUCGCCGGAGACACCGUGCGCGUGGCCACCGUCGUCGCCCAGCCCUCCUCCGCCGUCGGCGCCACCGCCACCAGUGGAAAGACCGGCGGCGCCGGCGGGACUGGCGGCGUUUCUUGCGCCGAGCGGCGUGGUGCACGCCAUGACCGACGAGGAGCUCCUGUGGAGGGCGUCCAUGGCGCCGAAGGUGUCCCGCACGCCGUACAGCCGCGUCCCGAAGGUGGCGUUCAUGUUCUUGGUGACGAACCGGCUGCCGCUGCGCCCUCUGUGGGAGAAGUUCUUCGCGGGGCACAACCGAAGCCUCUACUCCAUUUACGUGCACUCGCAUCCUCCUUUCGCCGCGUCGUUGCCCACGGACUCCGUCUUCUACGGCCGUAUGAUUCCAAGCCAGAGGACGAGCUGGGGCGACGCGAACCUGGUGGAGGCGGAGCGGCGGCUGCUGGCGAACGCGCUGCUGGACCUGUCGAACGAGCGGUUCGCGCUGCUGUCGGAGUCGUGCAUCCCGAUCUUCGACUUCCCGGCCGUGUACGCGCACCUGACCGGCUCCAACGACAGCUUCGUCGACUGCUUCGACAACGCCGGCGCCCGGGCGCGGUACAAGCCGGACGUGUUCGGGCGCCACAACAUCACGCAGGCGCACUGGCGCAAGGGCUCCCAGUGGUUCGAGAUGGACCGCGCCCUCGCCGUCGAGGUCGUCGCCGACGGCUCCUACUUCCCGGCGUUCCGCGCCUGCACCCGCUGCAUCAUCGACGAGCACUACAUCCCCACGCUGGUGAACAUCCUCGGGUGGCGCCGCAACACCAACCGGACGCUCACGUACAUGGAGUGGCGGCGGGGGACGUCGCACCCGAGGACCCACGAAGCCGGGGACGUCACGGAGGAACUGCUCAGGAAGAUGAGGACCGGCGCCGCCAACUGCACGUACAACGGCGCGGCCACCAACAUGUGCUUCGUGUUCGCCCGCAAGUUCUCGCCGGACGCGCUGGCCCCGCUGCUCGAACUGGCUCCCAAAGUUAUGGGUUUCGGCUGAGACGCAGAGAUCCAUCGGUCGUCAUGGAUGCAUGCAUGUUCAGUCAGGUACAUGCUAGUCAAUUCUACUUCUCCAUGUUUUUACAUGAUAUGCUAAUUUUUAUGUUUAUAUUUGAUCAUUCGUUUUAUUGAAAAAAUCAU